AUGGAGCAAGGAGAAGCUAGCAAUCAAGGAGGACAUCAAGGAGUAGUGGAGCAAGGAGAGGGUAACAGUGAAGGAGGACAUCAAGGAGUAAUGGAACAAGGAGAGGGUAACAGUCAAGGAGGACAACAAGGAGUAUUGGAGCAUCAUCACUUAGUGGAUAAUUCUCAACCAACACAAGCAGUUAUUGCUGCAGAUGGGCUUCCUCCUCUUCCUAUUAGUAGUAAAAAAAGAAAACCCAAUGCUAAUGGUCCUAGGAGAAGCUCUAAGGUUUGGCUGGACUUUAACAUUCUACCCGAUGAGCCUAUCCCUACUGCUUCUUGUAAACAUUGUCACCAAAGAUACCUUUGUCAUUUUAAAACACAUGGAACCUCAAACUUGAAAGCUCACUAUGAGAAAUGCAAAAGUAAUCCAGCCCACAUUCUUAAUGACCCCAAUCAAACAAACCUUUCUUUUGGUGAUGGUGGUAGUUUGGUUCCAUCAAGCCAAAGAUUCAAUGCCCAAGCAUGUAGGAAUGCCAUUGUUCUUUUUGUUAUUCUUGAUGAACAUUCAUUUAGAGUGGUUGAAGGUGAGGGUUUUAAACAAUUAUGUAGACAAUUGCAGCCACAAAUGACCAUCCCUUCAAGGAGGACUAUUGCUAGGGAUUGUUUUCAACUAUAUCUUGCUGAAAAACUGAAGCUGAAGGCAUUGUUCAAAUCUGAUUGUAGUAGAGUAGCUCUUACUACGGACUGUUGCACGUUCGUUCAAAAUCUCGGUUAUAUGACCUUUACCGCUUAUUUCAUUGAUAAAGAAUGGAACUAUCAUAAACGCAUUAUAAGCUUUAGUUUAGUGCCAAAUCACAAAGGGGACACUAUUGGUAGGAAAAUUGAAGAGGUUUUGAUGGAAUGGGGUAUUAGAAAAGUGUCUACAAUUACCGCUGACAAUGUAUCAUCCAAUGAUGUGGUUGUCUCUUAUCUGAACAAGAGACUUAAGAACAAGAAUGGACUGAUGGGUGAAGGGGAUUAUUUUCAUAUGAGGUGUUGCGCCCAUAUCUUGAAUCUAGUAGUCCAAGAUGGGUUAUUAGAACAAGAUUUAUCUAUUCGUAGCAUUCGCAAUGCAAUUAGGUUUGUCCGUUCUUCUCCACAAAGAGCUUUGAAGUUUAAGGAAUGCAUUGAUAUUUGUAAUAUAACAUAUAAAAAACUUCUUAGUCUUGAUGUUUCUACAAGGUGGAAUUCAACAUACAAAAAGUAG